GCAUAUCUAUCUAUCCUGUAUUUGAAAAUCCCUGAAAACUUUUGCAUAUGGUUGCGUGGACGGAUAGUAGAGUAUCAUAACAUUGCUAGAGAUCUCAAGUAUCCAGAAUUUAUCGUGUACAAACCUCAAAAUGGUGGAUGCAAAGAGGGUUCCGUCAUUACUUCCAUUGGCUUCCUAAAGGAAGCUCCAUUGGUGAAUAUUCAUGGUUUCAAUGUCUACCACAGGAAUCGUUUGAUACUGCCAUUUUGGAAUGUGGCAGGCUCUUCUACUGCUAGAAGCAGAGGGGUUGUAGGUGUUCUAGAAGCAAACUUUAUUCAGCCAACUCAUAAUAAACAGGACUUCGAGAAAACACCCCUCUUUCAAAAGCUCGAGAACCGAUUAAAGGAGAUGACAUGGGAGUACUGGGAUUAUCACUGUGGACUAAUUGGUUAUCAUGCAACUAAAAGGCUUCGUAAACCUUCUCAGGUUUCAUCAGAAUCUAGACAGAAACAUGGUACGUAUCACCCCAUUCCGUUGAGCAAAAUGUCCUCUGUUGUUACUGGUGCCAAAGUUUUCUCAACCACGAAAAGGAAAGACCAUGAUCAUUCAAUAGAACCUGAAAUUCUGAAACGAAAGGCGGGAUUAAGGGUCAAUCUAACUGGUCCCGAGUCCAUUCAAAAUCCGAUGCUCUUUUCUAAAGUUCCCUUUCAUGUGCUUUUUCUGUCCUUCAGAUGCUCUGAAUAUGAGAAGAUGGAUGAGGAACUUAAUGCUAAGGUAACUUUGCUAAGGAAGGAACUGAAGGAAGCCCAGCGCGAAUACGGUCGGUUGCUAAUUGAAUCAGGAUCCCUGGAGUACCCCAAGAUGGAAAGUACUGUUACUCUAUAG